AACGCCGGUGACCCGGUGCCGCGGGCCGAACGUAAGAAAAGAUGGGAUAUAAGAGAAGCCUUUGCAAAAGUCCUAUCGUACGGAACGGUACAGGAGCAAAAGCCGACCUUAGAAAGAAAUCUCGAGGGAGAGCCUUACUACCAUGCAUAGGUGAAUCUAUGUACUCAAGUACCGUAACUUACUACACUACAUGUGCCGUCUCGGACGGGAGCGGGGGAGGGUGAAGGGGAUCCUAACAAAUAGCGAGGGAGGGAUUGAGGCAAAAAGAAAAAAACGAGAGAAAAAAAGAAAAGAAAUCAAUUUUUACGACAGUUUGGCGUUUACUUGUGUCACUCCGACCCUCCAGCAGUUCAUGCCGCAUCAUGCAACUACGUUUUAUUUUUCCUUCUUUUUCGGAAGCGGUCACCGAGGAUCACUCGAUUCACCGCAUUUCGGCACUGUGCAUACAUCUAGCCCAAGUUCACAAAAUGGAGAGUCCGGAACACUGUGGGCUAAAUGCCUUAUCAGGUCGCUUGAGGGGUUGGGGGGGGGGUAGAGGGGAAGCUCGGGGGCCCGGUCAUACGCCUUCUUUUUCUUUUUCUUAAUCUUCACUUCACUCCCCUUCCCUGCCAAAAAUACUCUGCUCGCACAAAGAUUUGGCAUUUAUGUGAUAAAGGUCUUAGAUAAGAAAUGGGUAGUGUGGAUUGGAUAUGUGACUGCGGGGCCAACCUAGAGUCCACAUGGCUUUGUGGUGCGUUUCUGGCUCGGAUAGCGAUACCUACGUAGACUACCGGUAUUAUCGCCAGUACGCGCGUGUUUGAAUCGUACUCCAAUUAUCUGAGACCGGAUUGAUGCCGAAUUGCCCUUAUAAACACUUGUGCGAGGUCCGAGUUCGGUUAAACCGCGCGGGGCGAACGAGUGGACGGACGAACUCGCCAAGUGGAGAGUCUAGCCAAGUUGACUGCGCGAGUACGGUACGGGUACUCGAGUACAUACGGUGAGCGGGGUGCAGCUCUGCUAGAGGAGGAGGAGGCGGUGGUGAGGGAAACGUGAGGAUGAGGCGGGUGCUGUGGAAGAGAGACACACAGCAGUCUCUGAAUUAUACAAGUAAUGC